CAUUAUGUCGAACUAUGUGCUUAUAGAAUGAAUGAACACGUAUAAAAUGCUACUAACAGUUCUUCCGUCUAACUCUGCAAUGAUUAAUUACUCUUGAAUGUUUAGUAUAAUCCAGCUCUCAGAUCCAUCAACUAUCAUUUCAUUCUAUAUCAAAGAUUCCUUCCACUUCAAAUCUAUUACUUUCUACUGAAUACUUGAGCUCACCAACCCUAAAACUCAAAUCAUAUUACAUCCACUAUGUUUGCCAACACCAACCGUGAGACCAACAUCACCUCUUUAAUCCUCACCCAUCCUCCUCCCCUGCACCCAACCUGGGUAUCUCACAUCCCACACCUCCCGCCCCCUAGUACCUCCCCUCCCUCCACAUCCGCAAAUCCACAUACAGCCAAAACUGCACGAAUCAAAACAAGCUCCUCCUCCGCACCUCUCUGACACACCUCACCAAAAACCUCCUCAUAACAUCAUCAUGCAUCCCCUGCAGCACUCACGAAAUACCCACUCGUCUCUACACACCACGUGCUCUCCACGCGCCCGAUUCCGAACCCCUAAUCGUCUAUUUCCACGGCGGAGGUCUAUACGUAGGUGAUCUCGACUCGGAAGAUCUAACAUGUCGCCAACUAAGUAUUUCCCUCUCCCACCCUCUCCUCUCAAUAUCCUACCGUCUGCUACCAGAAUUCCGCGCCGACGACGCGGUGUCCGAUGCUCUGUUGUCUUUCUCAUACCUCUCUUCUUUCCAUCCUAGUCGAAAAUUCAUACUAGUAGGAAGUUCCAGCGGAGGACAAUUAGCUGCUACUAUCGCAUUAACUGCUCUACGAGAAGGAGAAGGGAAGAGGAUAUUAGGUGUUAUAUUAAGAUGUCCCGUCACAUGUGAUGCGACGGAAAAUGGGAUAAGUAUCCCUGAAGAAUGGAGACAUAUGCACGCGAGUAUGAAGGAAGAAUUUUAUACUGGGAUAUUGGAUAAAGCGGCUGUGACGAAGGAGAAUAGAGUUAGGGAAUAUAAGAUGCCUUUGGAGAUAUUGGCUGAGAUGUCGAAGCUUGAGAUAUCGAAACCUGUUGGAGCAUCUAAACCCGAGAAUGCAGGACCAGAAAACAUCAAAAUGAAAUGGUUCUUUCAGCUCUGCACAAACGAUAUUUAUUAUUCCGAUGGGUUAUGUCUAGGACUUGGAUUGAGAGAAAGAGGAUAUGAAGUUAAGAUUCGUGUCGAAGUUGGAUGGCCACAUACGUUUUGGUUGAAAGGUAUGAUACUGGAUGCAGCACAGCAGGCUGAGAUGGAAUUAGUUAAAGGGGCAAAGUGGGUUUUAGAUGAAGCAGAUGUAGUUGAUGAUGGAGAGAGCCGGGCGAACGGAGAAAUGGAUUGGGUCGAGUGGAGUGAGGAUAUUAGGUUGUGAGAUAUGAGUCAAAUAAAGUAACCGAGACCAACUUCUCCUUCCAGACAUAGAUAGAACCAAAUGUUCUUAAAAAUAUGCAAUGGAGAUCCAAAGCUGGACUAUGUUUUAUACGGAAACGAGGC